GGCACGGUCUCCCAAAAGCACGGUCAUAUAGUUUAUAUUACUGUUUAUGUACUCUAAAUGACCGUGGUUUUGGGCGCACCACCUGUGCAUGUAUUUACUGUAGUAAAAGGAAGGGGUUUAAAAUAAACUUUCCCGAUAGAUGAAUUGUAUGUUGUAAAGUUUGAAAGAUUCACGAAUGUGAAUCUCAUAAAAUUUUCAAAGAAUUAUUUAAUUUUUUUUUUUCUAAAUGGGAGACCUUCCGUAAAUUUUAAGUCACCGAUAAUGUUAAGUACUGCAAUAUGCAUGCAGAUUUAGGAUUAAAACAGAUUAUAUAGAUUAUCUCGCAAUUGGGCUUUCACUUGGUGGUAGAAUGAAUACGUUUCUUCGUAUGUUGGAAACAUUGAUGGUAUUUUGUACAUUUCAUAUUUAAAUUUAUAGUCGAAGACUUAAUUUAGGUCAUAGUAUCAUCAUCUGGACGCCUUUUAUGUAUCAAGCUCGUUACUUUUGUUCUGUGCACGUUACAAAGUUAGGCAAAUUGUGUCCGUUCCAUAUGUUGCAUGUAAUUGAUAAGUGUUGACCCUGGAGCAAGACCAUGCACAGCGUUUGGUACGACGCGUCUGCCGAGCGAGGCGUCACGGCUUCGCCAGCUCUCCCUGAAGGAGCAGUCGAAGGCAAAGUGUUCAAUGAUUGCAUCCAUGGACACAUCACACUGCCGCCCGAGUGUGUGAGUAUAAUUGACACUCCAGAGUUCCAGAGGAUGAGGAACAUCAAGCAGACAGGCUCAGUCUACUUCGUAUAUCCAGGCGCCAGUCACAAUCGCUUUGAACACUCUUUGGGGGUCUGCUAUCUUGCUGGUCAAAUGGUAGAUGCAUUGAAUUAUCCCAAGGAUAGGAUUACGGCAUCACAUAAAAUGUGUCUUCAAAUAGCUGGCCUUUGCCAUGAUUUAGGACACGGACCAUUUUCCCACACGUGGGAAAAAUUUCUGAGGAGAAGUAACAUCGACUGGAUGCAUGAAGAAGCAUCUGUUGAAAUGUUCAAGUAUUUGCUGGAAAAUAAUCCUGAAGUAAAUAAAUUGUUUUCAGAACAAGAGAAAACAUUAAUCAAUGAAUUAAUAAUUGGGACAGGUGGUUCAUUGAAUGACGAAGAAAAAUACUUGUAUGAGAUCAUAUCCAACGAAGAAAAUGGGAUUGAUGUCGACAAGUGGGAUUAUCUGCUCAGAGACGGAAUGCAGUUGAACUUGAAGAUCACCUUUGAUUACAGACGGCUUCUGCAGUUCUGUCGCAUCCUCCGCGUGGGUGGCAAGAACCACGUUUGCUUCCAGAGGAAAACGGAGAUUGAUGUCUGCAACAUGUUCCAGAUGCGAGCGCUUCUCCACCACCUCGCAUACCAACACAGUGUUUCCAAGAACAUAGAGCUGAUGUUCGUAGAUGCUCUGAUAGCAGCUGACAAUGCUGGCUUUACAGUCAACACAAAAACUAAACAGUACAAACUUUCAGAAGCGCACACAAGUAUGGAGGCAUUCAGCCAUUUGACAGACCACAUAUUUUACGACAUAUUGUACAGCCCCCUGGAGGAACUCUCGGAAGCCCAAAAAAUUAUCAAAAGAAUACUAACCAGAGAUUUGUACAAAUUAGUUGGUUCAAGAUAUCAGGAUGUAACAAGCACAAAAGUUAACGAGAUAAUUAAGUGUCUAAAAGAUGAACUCGAUCAAAAACUAGCCACCGCUGUCGAUAAUGAUGAAGAUAGGCUGAAAAACUUUGCAAUAGAGAUUAAAAAGCUCGAUAAAGGCUGUAAAAUGUUUGCUAAUCCAUUUGCCAACAUUUUCUUCUUCGAUAAGAACACGCCAGAUGUUGCAGUCUCUAUCAAUCCACAAAAUGUUCCUAUCUUUGGAUGCAAUGAAGAUUACACCCUCUGCAGAAUCGAGGCUCUUGUGUUCUGCAAGACAAAAAUUGACGAUGAUGAUUGCAGCAAGUUGAAGCUGGCUCUUAACUUGGAUUGAGCAGACAAAAAUUCCUUUAGAAGUUACUCUAAAGUCAAAUGUGGUUCAUAUGAAUCAUGGAGUGGUUUAAUGAUUGGGUGUUACUGUAUGUAGCCUCUGAGUUUAUGGUAAAUGUACAUUUUUAUAUACAAAGAUGAUUAUUUUUAUUAUUUUUUUGUACGUUUCAAACUAUUAAUCAUGAAUAUUUGUGUAUGCUCAAUACCAUUUUGAUACAUACCGAUGUAAUGCUUGACAUGCAAAAUUGUGAAUACUGAUUUCCAUAUGCAGGUUGUGUUCGUAACAAAAUUAUGUAAGGGUUUUAGUUUUAUUACAUAUUAGAUAAGUGUGCUUUAUCACUAGUAGGAAUAUAGUGUUAUUUAUGUGGCUUACCAGCAUUGGUGCUGUAGUAAUGGUAUUUUAAAAAUAAUUUAUUACAAUGUGUACAAAUAAAUCCUUAAAGCUAGUCUGUGAAACCAAGGGAAAGAGGAUUUCAUUUGUUUGGAAUAUUUUUAUUUAUUUCUAAGAAGUAUAAAACUUGACUAUUUUAUUUUCAGAACCUAAGUUCAAAAUGGCUGUGUAUACUUAAUACCUAUGAAUUGUGUGUGAUAGCCAGAUUGGUAACUGGUGAAAGACAUUAACUAGCUGACAGUAAUAUUAACUGUGUGCAUUUAUGUUCAUUUUAAUGUGUUCUUAGAUAGUAACAUUGAAGACCAAAGUGAGUUAAAAAGUAUUUUGGUUGCACAUUUUAAAACCAAUUUCAUAUUGAACUGUGUUAAUUGUUUUGUUUACAAGCUUCAUGUUCAGUUUUUAAUAGUGUUUGGUCCAUUCCUAAAAUAUGCAGAUUCUAAAACCAGUUGGAUAUGCUUCUUUGAUUUUGUACUCUACCAGAUAAUGCUUAUCAAAAUACUUUUGGUUUAUAAAUGUACUCAAUACAAAAACCUGUUUAUUUUAAAAUGUAAUCACAAAUAAAGUUGAUUCAUUUACAGUAACAAUACACGUACAGUUUAUAAAGACAUGACAGUUUCAAAUUGUAACCAAGAGCCUCUAACGUGUACCAGGGUUGGAAUAUUUAAACGAGAACCAUUAUUUUUUAAAUAAAAAAAAUUGUGCAUGUUAUGUUGCAUAAA